AUGAAACAUAGAAAUCACAAACAAAGACCUAGGUUUGCAUUGAAAUGGAGGAGACAUGGAGGACGAGUGUCCGCUGGCACAGACGCCGGGACAUUCCUGGCCCACAAACCAAUGAGCACAGUUGACAGCUUGAGCUACGGAAUGAAGCCGACUUCAUAUGAGUUCAGCAGGUCUGACGUCAGCCAGUUCUGCGGCCACUCUCCACACGGCUAUGCACUGAACCCGUAUUAUGACAGUCUGAAGCCAUUGCUGUUGGUGAUGCGAGCAAUGGGGGUGCUACCCUUAACGUCGGAAGCAGGAGGUGCAGUGGUUUUCUCGUGGAUGUCCCUCGCGAUGCUGUACUCAGCAUGCCUCUACUGGCUGCUGUGCCUUGGCGUGUGGUUCACCAACGAGAACCGGAUGCAGGCCAUCAGGGAGGCCAACGGACGCUUCGAGGACUCUGUGGACGCCUACAUGCUGUUCGUGUACCUCGUGCCACUCGUCCACCUGCCCUUUACUCACUGGAGGGAAGCUGCUAAAGUGGCGAGGUACCUCAACGACUGGAGCACGUUUCAGAGUCAUUAUCGUCAGGUUACGGGAGCGAACCUGGUUCUCCCGCUCAAGCGUCGGUGCCUCACGGCCGUCCUGCUGACGUUGAGUCUGUCCCACAUCAGCAUUCUUGCAAGCUGCGGCUUCGUGAUCGCGGUCAAAAAUAUUCCGGAUGAAAUUCUGUACUCAUAUCUCGUCUCUCUGAUGAAUACUCUGGACAAGAGCCCCAUGUGGGCCACAGUACUGGCACAGUACAGAUUGCUUUGGCUUGACCUGAGCCACCUGGCAACGCAGACAGGAGCCGCUAGCUGCUACACCUGUGGUUGCUACCUUGUACACCAGUUCCUCAUGGUCGCAACUUCAGCCUACGCUACGCUGUCCGAUGCCAUCGCGGGAAAUUUCGAUAGCAGACUUUUGUCAAUCUGCGCCACCUUCUCUGCCUCCAUGAUCCUAGCCAUCUGCGAGGGAGCCAACAACGUCUUUCUUAAAGCGAACGUGGCCUUCCAGAAGAAACUCCUUCGCCUUCAGACUGCUACAUACAACAAGGAGACAAAUCUUCAGGUAAGCACGUUCCUCCAGACCAUCUCCGCUGAGCCACCCGUCAUCUCUCUUGGAGGGUACGUCAGGAUCAACAGGGAGUUGCUCGUAGCCGUGAGUACUCAUGCUCUCGCAAGUUUACGUUCACACGCCGUGUCUGUGUGUUCAGAACGACAGGCGGAAUUCUGUACAUAUUGA